ACUCAGCAGAGCGCCGAGAUCAGGAGCACAGAUACUCAACUCAUCCAACAUGGAGCUUCGGGUUUGCCACUGUGGCUGGUCCAGUGUCACAACUUACCAUGGCCUGAGAAUUCACCAGGGAAAGAAUGGAUGCACGCCAAAGGGAAUGAGGAUCCCAGAAGAUGGACAAUUAGGUUUCCAUUCCUUUAUGGAACCUCAGAUCAGAGGAGCACCUUCUAUGUUCAUGCAUCAUAGGAAUUCUAUGGCUGAAAGUCAGAGAGAACGGGAGAGAGAGCGAGAACGGCAGCAACAGCUGGAGAGAGAACAGGAGAGAGAACGGGAGAGAGAACAGGAGAGAGAACGGCAGCAACAACUGGAGAGAGAAUGGGAGAGAAAACGGGAGAGAGAACGGGAGAGAGAACAGGAGAGAGAACAGCAGAAACAACUGGAGAGAGAACGGGAGAAAGAACGGCAGCAACAGCUGGAGAGAGAACGGGAGAGAGAACGGCAGCAACAGCUGGAGAGAGAACGGGCAAGAGAACGGGAGAGAGAACAGGAGAGAGAAUGGGAGAGAGAACAGGAGAGAGAACGGCAGCAACAGCUGGAGAGAGAACGGCAGCAACAACUGAAGAGAGAACGGGAGACAGAACGGAAGAGAGAACGGGAGAGAGAGAAGGCUCAAAAGCUACAAAAGGCAAGACAAGAAAAGAUGAAAGCUGAUUUAUUGCAGAAAAUUGAUAUCAGAGAGCACAAGAUGGCCGAAGUCAGAUCGUCUGAAAUAGAUUGCAAGGGUAGUUUGGAUGCCGAGUGGCUGGAGAUCAAUGACUUCUUCACAGAGGUGAUCAAAGUUGUGGAGGAUGCUAAACAGAAAGCGCUUCAGUCUCUGGAGGAGAGGAGACGGAAAGUGAAAAGAGAUGCGCAAGAUCUCGUCCAGAAGCUGCAAAGAGAAAUUGAUGUGCUCAAAAAGGCCAUUGAUGAGUCAGACAAAAACCCAGACUUGGAGGUUUCUCCUCUGAUAGGCCUCAAUGAAUCUACUGACUGGAAAAAUUUAUGUGACGACACUUCACUCUCCUUCGGUACCCUGCGAGCUACGACCUCAGCCACGAUGAAGCAAAUUCAGCAGGAGAUAGAAAAACUUUCAUCCAUCGAACUCAAGAGGAUUUCUGCAUUUGCAGUGGAUGUCACACUGGACCCAGCUACCGCACACCAAAGCCUUACGAUUUCUGAUGAUGGGAAAAAAGUGAGAAAUGGUGGAAAGACAGCGAAAGGUCCUGAUUCUCCACAGAGGCCUAAUGAGUUUAGUGUCCUGGGGCUCAACAGGCUAACUUCUGGGAAAUCAUACUGGGAGGUGGAGGUCAGCAAAAAGAAUGGGUGGGUUCUGGGCGUGGCGAGACGUAAUGAUAACCGCAAGGGGAAACUCUUCCUGAACCCUGAUAACGGUUACUGGGCUGUUGUACAUUAUGAAGACAAAAAAUAUGCAGCCCGGACAGUACCACCCAUGAACCUUUCACUGAAAGAGAAACCUCAGAAGGUCGGGGUGUUUGUAGAUUAUGAGGAAGGUCUCGUGUCCUUUUACGAUGUGAUGUCUCAGUCUCACAUCUUCUCAUUCACUGAGUGCUUGUUCGGUGGUGAGAUCCUCCCGUACUUCAGUCUGCAUCUGAAACAAGAUGAGAAAAUCACUGAUCCUUUGAUCAUCUCUGCUGUGCAAAAGCGCUCAUAAUCACAUGCACUGGAUCUGGUGCAGUGAAUGCAUCACUGAUAAACAAUAGAUAAGUUCAGGUGUGCCGUAAGAGUUUAAUGUUUCUUCUGGGUUUAAAUUCAGUUUUCACGCCAUCGGGAAUUUGAUUGUCUGGGUUUAGACAUUCUUUUUUGAUAAUAACACUAAUAAUGAAGGUACUAUGAUGAAGAGAUCAGUGUUUGAGUUUUGUUUAAUCACUAUACAGCAAUGCAAAUGUAUACAUACUAUGGAAAUUAACUUGUGUUUCGGGAUCCCCAUCUAUCGAGACUGGCUAUAAAUGACAUUUAUUAUGUGCAGAUGGAUUAAUUAACAGGGACUCUUCUCUUUCCAUUACUGUUUUCAUUUGAACUUUGCUACAAAUAGUUGUUAUCUUCUCUAUGACCAUUUUUACAAGAUGGGUUACAGGAUAUUCAAUUCUCUUUUUAGCUCUGUUUUAUGUAACUUCAUACAUCUGUUAAAUAAUUUGUCUCACUGGGUAGUUUAGACAAUGUAAACUGAGGCUUUUUCUA